AUGAAUUAUGUCACAAUAUAAAAUUCUACCGCACCAGGAUUUUAUUUAUACCUAGAAAAUGAAGCAUUUGCCUAAAUUUAGAAUACUAUUGUUAGUUUUAUUAGUUCUCAAUUUUUGAAUGAAAAUGAAAAUGGUGGUGCCUUUUUAAUUGAUACUAUAUUUUCUAUUUCUUCAGUGAUAAAUUUUAAAAAUAUAUCUGCUAUUGAAAUUCGCUCAAGAAAUAAAGGUGGUUUGAUAUACAUUUAAAAUGCAUUGGAGAACAUGAUCAUAAAAUUAGAAGAUGUUAUUAUUAAUGAAGUUUAUUCCUUAUUGGGAUCAAUAUUUUAUAUUGAAUUUCCAUUAAAAGCAAAUUCAUAAUCUAUAUUUAAAGUUGAAAAUUUGGAAAUAAGAAAUACAGAAUAAGGUUUCAUUAGAUAUUUAAGUUAAUAUAAUGAACCAACCAGAGAAUUAUUAGAUGAAUUAAAUGAUCACAACUAUUUAUUCUAAGUUGCUAAUGCAAAGUUAGUAAGUUUCUAAAAUAUAUGUAUUUUUUCAUUAUUUCAUGUCUCCUUUGCUAGUCUAGUUUAAAUACUUAUAAUAGAUAUAAUUAAUUUUAGAUGUUAUAAUUCAUCCAUAAAAAAUGAAUUAUUUCAUAUAUCAUCAAUGAAAGAAAAUUCUUAAAGUAAAAUAGUGGAUUUUUAUGCUUCUAACAUAAGCUUUUUAAAAGUUAUACAAUCAUUUGGAUAAUGUAGUUAGCAAAAUUAUUAUUUUAAAGUGCAACCAUAAAUAUGCUCAGCAGAUGUAACUAAUGCAGAAUCCCCAAUAUCAUUAAUGAAUAAUUUCACAAAAGAUACAUUAUCUAAUAGCUAUUGUAUUAUUCAAUAAUUGAAUUAUCCAAAAUGGGAACACUUUACAUACAGCCUUAUACUUGAUAUUUUAGAUAUAAAUAUUUUAACAAUUUUUGAAUUGCAUUUAAAUAAUAUCGAUUGCUAAGAAUGUUUCCGUGGAUUGGUUAGUAUAAAAUAAACAGAAAUUGUUCCGAAAAUUAUUAUGAAAUCAAUACUUUUUUCUGAUAAUACAUGUGAUGAAGGUUGCUUAUAUAUAUCAUCUUUUGAUUUGAACUAAGAUAAUAGAAAUUUAGGAUCUUUAAUUCCAUAUGUUAAGAAAAAGUAAUUUGCAGUGAUAUUACAAAACUAUAGAUGUUUUAGAAAUUUCGCUUAUGGUUGUACUUGUCUUUUUAGUACACUAAUAAGUAUUUUGAUUGAAGAUUCUUUUUUUCAAAACAAUACUGCAAUACGCGAUCGUGGAAUAGUAUGUAUUGAGAAUGUGAACUUAGUUAGUUUCAAUAUAUUAAAUUCUGUGAUUUAAUAAAAUGAUGGUGGUUAUGUUGGAGGAUUAUAUGUAAUGGAUUCAUCAAUAGAAAAUUUAACUAAAUUAGGAACAUUAAUAAAUGAUAAUACUGGUUAUUUUUAAAAUAAUUUGAUGUAAUAGCCAUCUUAAUUAUCAAUAUAAUUAGAUAAAAAAAAUUUAUGGCCUAAAAUAAAAAUCUUUCAAAGUGAAAAGAUUCUUAUAGAAUAAAUUUAGAUUGGGUAAUAUGAACUAUUUCAAGAAUCACACAUUGAUGUAUUGUAUAUUCCAAAUGGAUAGAAGAUCUCUGAAUAUAAAUUUUUUGAUUGGAAGAAUUAAAAUUAUGUCCCUUAUAAUUUAAGUUUAAUUGUAGUUCCAUUAGAUUAAUUAAAUAAUAUAUAAAUGUUUUUGGACUCGGAUGUUUACUGCUCUAUGAAAGUACUUCUUGAAAAUGAAUAUUAACGAAAUAUUGAUUAAGGUUAUUAUAAUUUUUUUGAAGAUUAUGAAGAGGAAGAUGAAAAUUAUUUUUAAAAAACCAUUGAUGAAAAUGGUUUUAUUUUUGAUGAUGUUAUUUUUCAUUUAGAUGAUGAAUUAAAUCAAACAUAAUUGAUACUAUUUCAUUGUAGUGCUAUUAAAGUUCCAAUUUAUGGUGAAAAUUAAGCAAUUAUAGAAGAUUUUCAUUUUAAUUAUUUCUUACGUUUAAAUAUCAAGCCAUUGCCUUGUUAAUUGGGAGAAAAAAGAAUUAUUCAUGAAGGGUGUAUCCCUUGUGAUGCCUCCAUAGGAUAAUACUCAGUAACUCUUAAUACUAAUAAAUGUUCUAUAAUCGAUGAGAUCUCAACUUAAAAUAUUACAUCAGCAUAAUUAAAUCUUAGAUAAGGAUUUUGGAGACCCUAUGUUGAUACUAAUUAUAUUAGCGAAUGUAUCAAUUUACCUGAAAAUUGUGAAGGGGGAUUUCACGAAGGAGAUAAAUCUUGCUUUCAAGGUCAUAUUGGAGCAUUAUGUGAAGAAUGCGACAUUCAUAACAUAAGAUUAAAUGGGUCUUUUUCAACAAGCUAGAAAUAUUCCUGUGGCCUAUGUGUUGAAGAAAAGUAAAAUUUUGUUGCUAUUACUGCGAUCAGUUCAUGGUAAUUUUUAUAAUUAAUUAUAAGGACUUUAAUUUCAAUAUUACUUUCAGUUUAGAGUAAUUAUAUCUUGAAUAAACAAAUGAUUCUUAAAAAGAUAGUUUCAAGCCUAAUAAUGACUAAGAUAUCAUAUCAUUCCAAUUUGGGCAUUUUAAUAAAAAUGAUUACUCAUCAUUUUCAAAUAGUCUCUGUUAUUUUUACAUUUAGGUUUAAAACAUUCAUAGAUAUAGGUGCUGCUUUUAAUUCUAUUAGCAAUCCAAUUCAAAAAAUUACUCAUUCAUUAGAUUGUUUAUUAAAAGACAUAAUUUCUAUAUAAAUUCAUUAUUCAAGAAUGAUAUGGUAAUUGAUUAUGCCUUUCAUUUAUAUUUUAUUUUUUCUGGGUUCCUAUAGGAUUGCUUUGAAAUUAAACAAACUGGAAUACAGUUUAAAUGUGAUAACUACAACAUUAAUAUAUAUGUACUUAUACCUGUAGCCCUUUUUUGUUGGUGGAUUAAUCUCAUUGAUUUCAUUUAGGAAGAUUUCUGGUUUCUAUUGGAUCUAAGCAAAUGUUGCCUAUAGAUAUGAUACACAAACUCAUUAUUAAUGGCUAUUCAUAUUUUGUUUGCCACUUUUACUUUUAAUUUCUUUGAUUAUUCCAGUAUUUUUUUUGGUUUCUUUGUAUUCAUAUGAAUAUUUUUUUUUCAAGUUUCUAAAAAUUACUUCUAAAAUUUCAUUUAUUUCUUAUAAAUUUGAUUAUCUUUUUGUCUGA